AUGCUGUUAAGAUCAAGAUUAUCAUCAUUAAGAGAAUAUAUAACUCCCGUCAAUACAUCAUCCAAUUUCUCCACAACAGGACAAAUAAGUCCUCAAGAAUUUGUUGAAGCUGGAGAUUAUUUAAUUGAUAAAUUUAGAACUUGGUCAUGGGGUUCAUGUCCUGAAAACUUACGUAAAAGUUUCUUACCUCCUGAUAAACAAUUUUUAAUUACAAAACAUGUACCGAGUCCCAUUAGAGCUAAUAAUUAUUUAAGUGGCGGUUUAGACUUUGAUGAUGACGAUGAAGAGGGUGAUAAUGGAGAAGAAUUGAUUAAAGACGAAGAUGACGAAGAUGGCUGGACGAAGACAAGAAACAUUAAUCAUAAAAUCAAUCAAAAAUCUGCUGGUGCAGGUACAACCACAAAUGCAACACCUGAUAUUGAUGAUAUAGUUGACCUUUUAGAUGAUGAAAAUCAACAAGAAGAUAUUGGAGCUGAAGAUGAUUUUGAUGAUCUUGAAUUCAUAAGUAAUGCCAACGAUAAUUUAAGAAGAUAUGAUAUAUACAUAACUUAUUCUACAUCUUAUCGUGUACCAAAAUUAUAUUUAGUUGGUUUCAAUUCAAAUGGUAUACCAUUAUUACCAAAACAAAUGUUAGAAGAUAUUUCAGGUGAUUAUAAGGAUAAAACAGCCACUAUUGAAAGUUUACCAGUAGCUUAUAAUACCACUUCUGUAAUGAUUCAUCCUUGUCGUCAUGCAUCUGUUAUGAAAGUAUUUAUGAAACAUUCGAAAUCAAAUAAACAAAAGAAGGAGGCUCAAUUAGCUCAAAAGUUACUGGAUAUGGGUAUAUCUGAUGAGAAAUCUGGUUCUAAUUCAACCACAACUACUGCUGAUGAUGAUGAAGAUGGGAUCAGAGUGGAUCAAUAUCUUACCACGUUUCUAAAAUUCAUGUCAAGUGUCAUACCUGGUAUUGAAUAUGAUUUCACAACUGAUGCCUUAUAA